CGUCUUGGUUUGAGUAGUUUUCAACAACUGUCUGGUCUGGGUGCUAUUCUGGCAUAUACAGAAAUAAUUUUUGGUUUCGCCGGUACUGGCUUGUCAAACGAAGUUUCGGCUAUGAUUGUCGGUGUGGUUCUGUUCUUGGCAAGUUUCGCAGGACCAUUGAUCGUUGAUAGAAAAGGUCGUAAGUGCCUUUUGACAGUAUCUGCGUUGGGAUGUAUAAUCUCAGAGAUAAUUCUAGGAGCCUACUUACACGAACACUCGGAUGUUUCGUUAAAGAAUUGGUCGUGGGUGCCAAUCGCAUGUCUUAUAGUAUACGUAGUGACCUUCAACAUAGGUUUUGGUCCACUACCGUUUACUAUAACCUCUGAGGUACUGCCAUCUAACGUCAAAUUUUAUUUAGCCACUGUGACCGGUUUCACGGGAUCGUUAAUGUCAUUUUUGGUUACUAAGUUCUUUAACGAUCUCAAUUUAGCGCUUGGAAUAGGUGGUACCUUUUGGUUGUUCGCCUGCUUUUGUAUUUGUUCCUUUUUCUUCGUUAUUUUCUUUGUUCCUGAGACUAAGGGUAAAAGUUUUCAAGAAAUUCAAAUUUUUUGGAUAGGUGAUAUUAGUUGCUAGAUAAACAGUACUUAUACCUUUUUUUAUUAAUGUUUUAUAUUCAAAUUUUAAUAAAUUUGUUGUACCUGGA